AAAAUAUUUGAUAGAAGUAUUUUUGAAAAGAAGCAAUAAGAAAAAUCUUAAAUUUUAAUGUAUCUAGAUUCCACGUAUCCCACAGCGGUUUUUUGUAUUAUAGCGACGGAAUUUUGCGAAAGAUUCUCAUUUUGUGGCUUGAGAACUAUUCUAUCGUUGUAUUUAAGAAAUGUAUUGGAGUUUUCUGAAGAUGCUUCAACAGUAAUAUAUCACAUCUUUAUAAUGGCUUGCUAUGUUCUUCCUGUAGUGGGUGCAAUAUGUGCUGACAGCUAUUCGGGAAGAUAUAGAACAAUAAGAAACUUUUCUUUGAUUUACUUGGCAGGCAAUACUUUGAUGUGCAUUGCAGCUGUUCCUGUGUUAGACCACAAUCCCAUAUUGCUAUCAUUUCUUGCGUUGUUUCUGAUAGCCGUUGGUACUGGAGGAUUAAAGCCUUGCGUUGCAGCUUUUGGUGCCGAACAAUUUCAGCUACCAGAACAAAAAGAAUUGCUCAGGUAUUUUUUCUCUGUAUUCUAUUUCACCAUCAACCUCGGAGGUUUCGUUGGCAUGAUAGUAACACCUAUCGUCAGGAAAGCUGUCUCUUGUUUCGGAGAUGACACGUGUUAUUUGUUGGGUUUUGGGUUUCCAGCAGUUUUAAUGCUCCUCUCCAUUCUGCUAUUUGUAUUGGGAAAGAAUUUUUACAAACUCAAAACCCCCAAGAAGAACGUCAUUCUCGAAUUCAUUAAAUGUUCCUCGUAUGCUUUAGGUCAAAAACGGAAAUUAUCCAAAAGAAUCAGACAAGAGCAUUGGUUAGACUAUGCGAAAAGCAAUUUUGAAAUGAAAUUAAUCAAAGAUAUGAAAAUAGUGUUUGCUAUCUUGCUUCUGUUCGUCCCUUUGCCCAUAUUUUGGUCGCUCUUCGACCAGCAAGGUUCAAGAUGGACUUUCCAGGCUUCCCACAUGGACGCUAGUGUUCUAGGGAUCCAGAUAGUACCAGAUCAGAUGCAGGUGAUCAAUCCGGCGAUGGUACUAGUUCUAAUUCCGGUUUUUGAUAAAGGGUUUUAUCCGUAUUGCGAGAAAAAAAAUAUUUUGAAGAACCCACUGCAUCGGAUGGCUUUGGGCGGUAUGGCCGCAGGACUUUCCUUUAUUUGUGCGGGAAUUUUGGAGUUGGUUUUGGAAACGACGUAUCCAGAUGUACCGCAAAGGAACCGUAUAUCGGUAAAUGUGAUCAAUACCAUGCCCUGUGAUGUUACCAUUUGGAAUUCUUUAGAUAAAGAACGGAAUUUGGAAUCUGGUAAUAGUAUUAGGUUUCGAAAUAUUUUAAAGCAUAAUAAAACUUCCUAUAAACUCUCAGUCAAUGCACCUAAAAAUUGUGGAAAUAUUUCUUUAACUAAUAAAAAUAUCCAAGUACAAAAAACCCUAGAAGAAUCUCAAGAAGACACAUUUAUCAUAAGUUACGAUGAAAUCAAACAAAUCAGAAGUUAUUUAACUGAUCCUAUUGAUUCUACAAAAUCGAUCAGUGGAAUACCGAAAAUCAGAAUAGAUUAUGUAAAAAAUACAAAUUUGCUUCAGAACAUUACUGUGACUUUUAGAAGUUCUUCUGGAUUAGAAGAUAUGUAUUUUUUGGGAACGGAAAAUCAAGAUUUUGGAGUUAUUGCAUCUCCUUAUAUGGAAAUACCUCAAGGAGUGUACGAAUGUGUGAUUAGUAGUGGAAAUAACAAUCGGGAUUACGAAAAACAUUUUCAUUUAGCUUUUGGUGGAGUGUAUUCGUUAAUUAUUACGGAAAAUCAUGGAAAAGUUGAGUUUGUAAAACUCUUUACCACAUCCGCACCUAACUCUAUCAAUAUUUUGUGGCAGCUUCCCCAAUAUUUCCUUAUAUCAAUAGCAGAAAUAAUGUUUGGAGUUGCUGGUCUAGAAUUUUCCUUCACACAGGCACCCAAAAGCUUGAAAACAGUCACCAUAGCUGGAUGGUACUUGUCUACAGCAGCCGGAAACCUUAUUGUUAUCGUAAUAGCACACGUGUUCAAAAGACAGGCCUACGAAUUUUUCUUAUUUGCAGUGGUCAUAGUGGCCGACAUGGUAAUUUUUACCGAAAUGGCUUCAGGCUAUCAUUUUGUAGAAUUAGAAGUGGACAGUUCAGUUUUGAUUGUCAAUCAGUCGAAAAUUGAGGAGGAAGACCAUUAAAAAGAGGCUAAUCGUUAGAAGAAAAAAUAAGAUUUACUUAACUUUGUCUGAAAUUACUUAUGUAUUAUAAAAAAAAGUAAAAUGGAUACUCAAUAAAAUAGUUU